AUGGAAAGGAAGGAAUGUUAUAAAUCAUUCCAUUGCACGCUCACUCUUGUCUCAAUAAGAAGAGAGGCUUCAGUGGAUGCAGUCAUGGUCCUGGUUCUCUGUCUCUCCUGUCUGUAUCUCCUUUCAUUCUGGAGACACAGCUCUGGGAGAGGGAAGCUUCCACCUGGCCCCACUCCUCUUUCAAUUAUUGCAAAUAUCUUGCAAAUAGAUGCUAAGAACAUUAACAAAUCUUUAACCCAUUUCUCAAAAGUCUAUGGCCCUGUGUACACUGUGUAUUUGGGCAUGAAGCCCACUGUGGUGCUGCAUGGAUAUGAAGCUGUGAAGGAAGCCCUGGUUGAUCUUGGGGAUAAAUUUUCUGGAAGGGGUAGUCUUCCAGUUUUUGAAAAAACUGGAAAAGGAAUUACUUUUAGUAAUGGAAAGAUGUGGAAAGAGAUCCGGCCGUUCUCUCUCAUGAUCCUGAGGAAUUUGGGGAUGGGGAGGAGGAGCAUUGAGGAUUGUGUUCAGGAGGAAGCCCGCUACCUUGUGGAGGAGCUGAGAAAAACCAACGUCUACAAUAAUUUCCCUACUCAUUAUCUUCCAGAGAGUCAUAACAGAAUAUUUAAAAAUACUGUUUAUAUUAGAAAUUAUAUUUUGGACAAAGAAAAAGAACACCAAGCAUCGCUGGAUAUUAGCAAUCCUAAGGAUUUUAUUGAUUGUUUCUUGAUCAAAAUGGAGCAGGAAAAGCACAAUCAACAAAUGGAAUUUACCUGUGAAAACUUGUUAGUCACUGUAUCUAAUUUGUUUGUUGCUGGGACUGAGACAACAAGCACAACACUGAGGUAUGUUCUCCUGCUCCUGAUAAAGCACCCACAGGUCACAGCUAAGGUCCAGGAAGAGAUUGACCAUGUGAUCGGCAGACAGAGGAGCCCCUGCAUGCAGGACAGGAGCCACAUGCACUACACAGAUGCUGUAUUGCAUGAGAUUCAGAGAUACAUUAACCUCUUCCCAAACAGCCUACCCCAUGCAGUGACCUGUGACAUUAAAUUCAGAAACUACUUGAUUCCUAAAGGUACAAGCAUAUUGACAUCACUGACAUCUGUGCUACAUGAUGACAAAGAAUUUUCUAACCCAGAGACAUUUGACCCUCACCACUUUCUAGACGAGAGUGGCAAGUUUAAGAAAAGUGACUACUUCAUGCCUUUCUCCACAGGUAAUAGAAGUUUAAAAUGGAUGUGUUUGGGAGAGGGCCUGGCCUGCAUGGAGUUGUUUUUAUUUCUGACCACCAUUUUACAACAUUUUAACCUGAAAUCAGUGGUUGACCCAAAGUACCUUGAAACCACCCCAAUUGUCAAUGGAUUUGUUUCUCUACCACCAUUGUACAAGCUCUGCUUUAUUCCUAUCUGAAGAGGACCUUGUUGGCCUGCUUCUCUGCAAUUGUCUGCAAUGUUCUCCUUUUGUGGAUCAUUCACAUCCUUCCCCCAUCAGGGAUGCUUUCCUCAAUGUCUCUUCUUACAUUUCCUCAUUCCUUCUAGAUUAACCAAAUGCCCUCCCUCAAUUUUGGAGAUUUCCCUGU